AUGGUAUCUGCUCUCACCGUCCUCUUCCUCGAGCUCCCUGUGCCCGGACCCUCCAUCUCCGUCAGCCCCAGCAGGGUGAUCACUGUGGGGGGAGCUGUCACCAUCCGCUGUCAGUGUCGGUGCAAGGCCAGGAGGUUAUUUCUGUAUAAAGAUGGAAUCCAAAUCGGGGAGCUGGAUGCUGGGGACCGGGGUGAAUUCACCAUCCCCAGCACCAGACACGGAGACGGAGGGGCCUACAGCUGCAGAUCUCGCUCCAGAUCAGAGCCACCCAACUGGUCGGAUCCCAGUGAUUACGUGUGGAUCGUUAUAGCAGAGCUCAGCUCCCCCAAACCCUCCAUCUCCCUGAGCCCCCGCGGGGGAGUUGCCCUGGGGGGAACCGUGACCAUCCGGUGUGAGUGUCGAUGCCAGAAAGCAAAGGGCCUCAUGUAUAAACUUGGAAACCCGGACGUACUGCGCUGGGCAGUGACUGCUGGGGACGUGGUUGUGUUUACUAUCCGCAACGUGAGCCGGAGAGACACAGGGAGCUACAGCUGCCAAUAUGGCACCAAAUCAGACCCGCCCGUCUGGUCGCAUCCCAGCGACCCCGUGGAGCUGGUGGUGGCAGGCCUGGGUGCUGGUUCCGUCCCCUCCCCCAUCCCAGCCGAAGCUCGUUUUAAUCCCACAGAGGGAACCAACCCAGCUGGGCCCGAGCAGCCGGAUCCCCCCACAACGGAGCCGGAGGGAGAAGAGCUCCCUGCGCCCAGACUCUUAAUCUCCGUCAGCCCCAGCAGAGUGAUCGUCCCGGGGGCAGCUGUCACCAUCCGCUGUCAGUGUGCAUGCGAGGCCAGGAGGUUAUUUCUGUAUAAAGAUGGAAUCCAAAUCUGGGAGCUGAAUGCUGCUGCGGACGGGGGUGAAUUCACCAUCCCCAGCGCCAGACGCGGAGACGGAGGGUUCUACAGCUGCAGAUUUCGCUCCAGAUCGGAGCCGCCCAACUGGUUGUAUCCCAGUGAUUAUGUGCGGAUCAUUGUAGCAGAGUUCAGCUACCCCAAACCCUCCAUCUCCCUGCGCACCAGCGGGGGAGUCGCCCUGGGGGGAACCGUGACCAUCCGGUGUGAGUGCCGAUGCCAGAAUGCGACGGUCAUCAUGUAUAAACUUGGAAACCCAGACGUACAGCGCUGGGCAGUGACUGCUGGGGGCAUGGCUGAGUUUACCAUUGACAAUGUGAGCUGGAGAGACACAGGGAGCUACAGCUGCCAAUAUGGCACCAAAUCAGACCCACCCAUCUGGUCGCAUCCCAGCGACCCCGUGGAGCUGGUGGUAGCAGUCCAGCCCUCCCUCGAUGGGCAGAGGACACGCACCAGCCUUUGUAACCUGAGCUGA